CUGCUGUCAGGGGAGCAGCGCCGCCGCUACUCAGACCUCAUCUCCUCCCCCCACCUGCCGGCCAUGCGGCCGCCCGUGCCGCUGUCACACGUCGACCGCCCAAAGCGCCUGCCCUCGGCGCCGCAGGGCCUGCUCGAUGGCGGCGCCGGCGGCAGCGGCGGCGGCGCCGCGGAGUAUGCGACCCCGCCGCGGCGGGCGGCGCCGCCGGGGCCACCGGGGCGCGGGCCGGCGGGCGGGGGCGCCAACGGCGUGCCGCAGACGCCCACAGCACGCCGCGCGCCGCCGCCGCCCCCCAAGUGA